AUGAGGAAUGCAGUAUGCCUGAAGAUGUUUGAUGAAGCCCUUCUUCCUGCACCUGGCUACGAAGCAUUCAAGGGUGAUCAUGAUAUCUUUUUCAACCCCAUACGUCCCAAUGAACGACUCCUCAAUCUCAAUUUCACUGAUGACAUGAUGCAUCGGGAAUAUGCUGUUUCCAACAGGCUCGAAUAUUUGCAGGGCACGCUGUUACCUCAUGCAUAUGGUUUUCAUGAGUCUCUAGGUGACCCUCCCCACUGGAAGAAUGGUCAACAGAUUCAUCAUGGAGAUUGCUAUUGGGCAUUCUCUAAAUUCACUUCCUUUAAAAACAUGGCCAGAGAGUUCACUGUUUGCAUCAAGGGAAUUCUGUGCUACGUUAUGGCAGAGUUGAUCAAGGUGAUUGGCACCUCGACCAAAUGA